AGUAGCGUGGGUAUAGGGAAUUUGUACAGGCAGCCCGCGUUGUGCAUUGAUUGUAUGUGUAUAUGCAUUAUACACACGUAUGCUACAUAGCGUCUCCAGUGUACAGCCAGCCAAGAAAAUUUACAAAUAGUUUGGAUAAGUUGAACAAGAAUCUACAGAAAUAAAGCCAACCAUGGUUCGAAAAGACCCCAACAAGCCAAAGGGGCGUAUGUCCUCAUAUGCCUUCUUUGUGAAGUACUGCAGAGAGGAAGUAAAGGAUGAGUCGGUUGACUUUGCAGAAUUCUCCAAGAGUUGUUCUCUCAGAUGGAAGGGUAUGGAUGAUGGAGCCAGGAAGAAGUUUCUCGAGUGUGCUGAAUCUGACAGGCAGAGAUACGAGCGUGAGAUGGCUCGCUACGUUCCCCCAAAGGGCCAGAAGAAGAAGGGACGCCGCAAGAAGGACCCCAAUGCACCAAAACGUAACCUGUCGGCGUUUUUCAUAUUCAGUAAUGAAGAGAGACCCAAAAUCAAGGCCACAAAUCCCAAACUGGGAAUUGGUGAUAUUGCUAAGAUUCUGUCUGGUCAGUGGAAGACGCUCCAGCCCCCACAGAAGUCCAGGUACGACAUUGCUGCUGUUGCUGACAAAGAAAGAUACCUCAAGGCAAUGAGGAUCUACAAAGAAACUGCCGCCAAGGUAAAACCCAAGUCCUCUUCGAGUUCCUCCUCUUCAUCCUCAAGCUCCAGCUCAAGUAGCUCAAGCUCCAGUGAUGAGGAGUAAAUGAAAAGUCGUCAACCGGAGAGCGUCCACUAUCAGGGAAAUCUGAAAAAAAGUUUCCCCCGUUCCCCUCCCCCUCAAAAUGUAUCAAAGUUUGUCCCUUUUACUCGGAAUGGAUUUUAAAAUAAUUAAUAAUGGUUACUAUCAUUCAAAUGUCUCAAACUAAAACAAAAAGAGACUAGGAAUAUUGAAAUACCUAUAUGGGGGAGGAGGGUACUGACUGGAAAAAGAACGGGUUAAAAAGUUACCUUGACAAUUGUUAAGCAUGGUCGUUUUAAAGUAUCUGUCGUGUAAAAAUAAUUUGAAAUAACUUGUAAAAAGGGCCCCAAACUGAUAGUUUUUCCUUUCAUGUGUAAAAGGUUGGUCACCAUUUUGUUCUUAAAAUGUUGCUUUCUAUUUUAGCUGCUACAUAUGCGUGACUCGUUAAAAGGUGCUGUCACAGUGUGCUUUCCCUGAAUAAAUGUGUUGUUUCAUGUGACCUUUGACCAGACCCAGGCUAGAGAUAUCUGUGUAAAAACCGAGCCUUUGCCUUCCUAAUUUGAAUCACAGUCGAGCAACAGUAAGAGUUGACAUUUGUAUAGUGAAAGUGCAACAGAUAGCCCCUUUACCCUAAUUGUUAAUUGAAAAUCUUAAAAGAGUUAUUUUUUUUACCAUAGAUUUUCACAUUACUUCGUUUUACGUUUGUGGACCUGUAAGUUAUCUUCACCCUUUUAAAGAUAUGUACAAUUAUGCUGAAGUAGGCCAGUGUGUAAGUUUUACAUGAAUGCACUCAGUGCCCCGUGAAGGAAGGCAACCAAUAGUUUGGCAACACACGGCCCAUUAAUUUGUGGGACACUGUAUGUGAAAAAGAGCCAUUUAUGAAAUGUGUUUAGAUACAAAAUACCUCAUUUUUACUUCAUCAUCAGAAUAUGCAGUUUUGCGGGUGAAAACUGAAGAGUUUAAUUAUACAGUACGUAAGGCAGCAUAAUUUGAUGCUAGUUAGUGUUGAUAAUGGUUAGUAAUGCUUACCAAAUUGUUAAAGUUUGCCUCUUAAGUCUUAUCUAAAUUGUGUUUAAAAUGAUUGUGUUUACAAUGAUUGUGUUUACAAUGAUUAGGUUGAUUCGGGUUCCAGACUAUCAAUGGCUUAAUGACAUAGCACCUGUUUGAAGGCCCUCAUUGGUGGAUCCAAUCAAUUAACUGUGAUCAAAGGGUGACCAUAACCAGUUUCUUUUAGUUGUAAAUUUAUCAUAGCUGUUUAUUGAUGAUUUUUUGAAGACGUUUGAUAGUACAUGUAUAUGAACAAGUUUUUUUAACAUUUCAAAUGUCGGGACCUGAAGAUGAGCUAUGUGAGCUUUAAGUUUCCGAAUAUUGUUAAUCAAGAUCUGAAGAAGACGACCAAAGUAGUUCCUUAUCGUUCAACUUUGAUUCAAAAAAGCGCAUUAAACAUUUUUAUUUAGUUUUAAAUGAGAAUUUCUUUGAAAAUAUUUGGAAUCUGAACCACCCAAGAUGUCAUGUGAAUGUGAGUUUCAGACUAAAAUGCCACUUCAUCACACUUCCUUGUUUGGAUUUGUAAAACAAAAAAUCAACAAUACGUCUUUGCCUUGGGACCAGAAAGAACUUAAGAGACGCAAAUUCCUUUUGUAAAACCAACUCGGUCUUUAUGUGUUUUGAAAUCCUUUCUGCUCUGGGCCAACAUGUGUUCCAAAUGGUGCUCGAGUAAAAGUAGUGACCAAAUUCAUCAUGGAGUUCUACAAGGAUUACGAACAUGGAAAGACGGACUUGAGCUAUGAAGUUUUGAAGUUUCUGCAUUAACAUGAUUGAAGAGAGACGUUUGCAAAAUGACCUGUUGAUGAUCAAUCAAACUUAAUACAUGUAUGUUCUGUGAUAAUGAAAUUUGUCAACGAAAUUUUCCAAUGUGGUUUAGUUUAAGCUAAGAGCUGGUCUUGAAUUCUUUUGUUGCACUCACUGUGAAUAAUAUAUUGUUCAGCUACACUAGUUCAUAUGUGUGUGUUUGUUUUGGAAAGGAUUGAGUUUGGAAAUUAAAGCUUAUGUUUUUAUCGAA